CAUUGGCUUCCGGGCUUCUAAUCCUCUGGCAGCUGCCUGCUUUUUGUAUUUCGAGAUCCUUAUUCAAAAUAGUAGCAGGGCAAAGGUUACCACUGGAACAGAUUAAAUUUAGCUACACAUCCACGGUAAUUGAAGAAACUUGUGAGCAAGUUGUGAAACAGAGGUGAGCCUCCUAAGAGUCAGGUAGAACACUGGCUUUGCAGCUGUUACCCUGUUCUGUGUCAGUUCUGUUAAGAGGACUUUAUGCUAAGCAUCAUUUCUUUUUCCUAUUUUAAAGUUUUGUUAAAUUGCAGAUGCCAUGUGCUUUCUCACUUGCUUCAGUUAUUUAGGCACCAAGAAUGUUCAAGAUGUUGUAAUUCACCAUGUGCUGAAAGGUGAUGGGGCACAGUUGCUUGGGGACCACACAGCUACUUUGUCUGACACUAAUCUUUCUGCAGUAUCUUUACACAGAUCUGAAAUCUCUUCAAGAUAACUUGAAAUAAUUUGUGGGAAGGUACUUCUUUUAGUAGUAGUAUUAUAUGUCUGCUCUUUAUCAGUUGAGAGUUUUGGAAUAAGUCAUUACAUUACUACAUUAUAUGGCUAAGUCGUGUAAAUUGUCAUCCAUCCGGAGAUUAUUCAUUGCAGGAUUCCAGGAUUGGAAGUAACAGUAGAGAGGACCUGGUCCAACUCCCCUUGAUUUUACAGAUAAGGAAACUGAUACCUGGUCAGAUUACCUGUGGAGCAUAAACAAUGGAUUCCUUGGACCAUAUGCUGACGGAUCCCCUGGAACUGGGUCCAUGUGGAGAUGGCCAUGGCACACGUAUUAUGGAGGAUUGCCUCCUGGGGGGCACCAGGGUUAGUCUGCCCGAGGACCUUCUGGAGGAUCCUGAGAUAUUCUUUGAUGUAGUGAGCCUCUCCACGUGGCAAGAAGUAUUGAGUGACUCUCAGCGUGAACACCUCCAGCAGUUUCUGCCUCACUUUCCUGAAGACAGUAUUGAGCAGCAAAGUCAGCUCAUCCUGGCCCUGUUCAGUGGGGAGAACUUCCGCUUUGGGAACCCUCUGCACAUUGCCCAGAAGCUUUUCCGAGAUGGACACUUUAACCCUGAGGUGGUCAAGUAUCGGCAGCUAUGCUUCAAGUCACAGUACAAGCGAUACCUCAGCUCUCAGCAGCAGUAUUUCCAUCGGCUGCUGAAGCAGAUUCUGGCUUCCCGGAGUGACCUACUGGAGAUGGCCCGACGGAGUGGCCCAGCCCUCCCCUUCCGGCAGAAGCGCCCUUCACCGUCCCGCACCCCUGAGGAGCGGGAGUGGCGGACCCAGCAGCGCUACUUGAAAGUCUUGAGGGAGGUGAAGGAGGAGUGUGGUGACACAGCCCUGUCAUCUGAUGAAGAGGCCACGUUGGAUUUACAAGAAAAAUUUUCUUUUGAAGAUCUCAACUCAUGGCUUCCGAGCUCUCCAGCGUGUUCUCCUAGCCCUGCGGUGCCCCUGAGGGUGGUGCCCACGCUUUCAACCACGGAUAUGAAAACUGCAGAUAAAAUAGAACUGGGGGACAGUGACCUGAAGAUAAUGUUAAAGAAGCACCAUGAGAAGCGGAAACAUCAACCAGAUCACCCGGACCUUUUGACAGGGGACCUGACUCUCAGUGACAUCAUGACUCGAGUAAAUGCUGGCAGGAAGGGCUCUCUAGCAGCCCUGUAUGACUUGGCUGUCCUUAAAAAAAGGGUUAAGGAAAAGGAGGAAAAGAAGAAGAAGAAAAUCAGAAUGAUCAAAUCAGAGGCAGAGGAUUUGGCUGAGCCCUUAAGCAGUACUGAAGGGAUCCCACCUCUCUCACAGGCUCCAUCUCCACUGGCAAUACCUGCUGUCAAGGAGGAGCCUCUGGAAGAUCUCAAGCCUUGCCUUGGAAUCAAUGAAAUAUCUUCCAGCUUCUUCUCUCUUCUGUUAGAAAUCUUGCUGCUGGAGGGGCAGGCUAGCCUUCCUAUGCUGGAGGAGCGAGUUUUGGAUUGGCAGUCAUCUCCAGCCAGCUCCCUUAAUAGCUGGUUCUCUGCGGCCCCCAACUGGGCAGAGUUGGUGUUACCAGCCCUGCAGUAUCUUGCUGGAGAAAGCCGUGCUGUACCUUCCAGUUUCUCUCCAUUUGUUGAAUUCAAAGAGAAGACCCAGCAGUGGAAAUUGCUUGGCCAGUCCCAAGAUAAUGAAAAGGAAUUAGCUGCACUCUUCCAGCUGUGGCUAGAAACCAAAGACCAGGCCUUCUGUAAGCAAGAAAAUGAAGAUAGCUCAGAUGCCACAACACCUAUUCCUCGGGUAAGAACUGACUAUGUGGUGCGUCCCAGCACAGGGGAGGAGAAACGAGUUUUCCAGGAGCAGGAGCGUUACAGAUACAGUCAACCCCAUAAGGCGUUCACCUUUCGCAUGCAUGGCUUUGAGUCUGUGGUGGGGCCUGUGAAGGGUGUGUUUGACAAGGAAACCUCACUCAACAAGGCUCGGGAGCACUCCCUGCUGCGCUCUGACCGGCCUGCCUAUGUCACCAUCCUGUCUCUCGUUCGAGAUGCCGCGGCUCGGCUGCCUAAUGGAGAAGGCACUCGGGCAGAGAUCUGUGAAUUGCUCAAGGACUCCCAGUUUCUUGCACCAGAUGUCACCAGCACUCAGGUGAAUACAGUAGUGAGUGGUGCACUGGACCGGCUACAUUAUGAAAAAGACCCAUGUGUGAAAUAUGACAUUGGACGAAAGCUGUGGAUCUACCUGCAUCGUGACCGGAGCGAGGAAGAGUUUGAGCGGAUUCACCAAGCACAAGCAGCUGCAGCUAAAGCCAGGAAAGCCCUGCAGCAGAAACCCAAGCCUCCAUCCAAGGUGAAGUCCGGUAGCAAGGAGAAUUCACUGAAGGUCCUCAGCAGCGGCCCUCCUGAGCAGACCCAGAUGAGCCUCAGUGACUCCAGCAUGCCACCCACCCCAGUCACACCUGUGACCCCCACCACUCCAGCUUUGCCUGCCACUCCUAUCUCCCCUCCACUUGUAUCAUCAGUGAGCAAAAGUGGCCCUACUGCUGUCUCAGAACCAGCUAAAUCUAGCUCAGGUGUUCUUCUGGUGUCUUCACCAACAAUGCCACAGCUAGGAACAAUGCUUUCCCCUGCUUCCAGCCAGACUCCACCAAAUUCUCAGGCCGCUGCCCGUGUUGUGAGCCACUCUGGCUCGGCUGGACUACCCCAGGUGCGGGUGGUGGCCCAGCCCAGCCUUCCUACUGUUACGCAGCAGUCAGCAGGGCCAACACAGACGCUGCCACAGAUGCCGGCAGGACCACAGAUUCGGGUUCCAGCCACUGCUGCACAGACCAAAGUCGUGCCCCAGACAGUAAUGGCCACUGUUCCAGUCAAAGCUCAGACCCCAGCGGCCACUGUGCAGCGGCCUGGACCCGGGCAGACGGGGCUCACGGUGACAAGUCUCCCUGCUACAGCCAGCCCUGCAAGCAAGCCGGCCACGAGUUCUCCUGGUGGCUCUGCCCCGAGUGCUUCCACAGCUGCUGUCAUUCAGAAUGUCACAGGACAGAACAUCAUCAAGCAGGUGGCAAUCACUGGGCAGCUUGGUGUGAAGCCCCAGACAGGCAACAGCAUUCCACUGACAGCCACUAACUUCCGUAUCCAGGGUAAGGAUGUAUUGCGUCUGCCGCCCUCUUCCAUCACCACAGAUGCCAAAGGCCAGACGGUUCUGCGAAUCACUCCGGACAUGAUGGCCACAUUGGCCAAGUCCCAGGUGACCACAGUCAAAUUGACCCAGGAUCUCUUCGGGACAGGAAGCGGCACUGCAGGCAAAGGCAUCUCGGCCACCUUACACGUCACUUCCAAUCCAGUCCAUGCAGCUGACAGCCCUGCCAAGGCCAGUUCAGCCAGUGCCCCUUCAUCCACUCCAGCAGGUACCACUGUGGUCAAAGUGACUCCUGACCUCAAGCCAACAGAAGCUUCGAGUUCAGCUUUUCGCUUGAUGCCAGCACUUGGUGUGAGUGUGGCAGACCAGAAGGGGAAAAACACAGUGGCCUCCUCAGAAGCAAAACCAGCUGCCACAAUCCGCAUCGUUCAGGGCCUGGGAGUGAUGCCUCCCAAGGCAGGCCAGACCAUUACAGUUGCAACCCAUGCCAAGCAAGGGUCCUCAGUGGCCAGUGGGUCUGGAACUGUCCAUACUUCAGCGGUGUCCUUGCCCAGUAUGAAUGCUGCCGUGUCCAAGACUGUAGCCGUGGCUUCUGGGGCUGCGAGCACCCCCAUCAGCAUCGGGACGGGAGCCCCCACUGUGCGGCAGGUCCCUGUCAGCACCACAGUUGUUUCCACGUCCCAGGCUGGGAAGCUGCCUACACGGAUCACAGUUCCACUCUCUGUGAUUAGCCAGCCUAUGAAGGGCAAGAGUGUGGUCACAGCCCCCAUCAUCAAGGGCAACCUUGGAGCCAACCUCAGUGGGCUGGGCCGCAACAUCAUCCUCACCACCAUGCCAGCGGGUACUAAGCUCAUUGCUGGCAAUAAGCCCGUUAGUUUCCUCACUGCCCAGCAGUUGCAGCAGCUUCAGCAACAAGGUCAGGCCACACAGGUGCGCAUCCAGACUGUGCCCGCAUCCCAUCUUCAACAGGGAACAGCUUCUGGUUCCUCCAAAGCAGUCUCUACUGUUGUCGUGACCACAGCUCCAUCUCCUAAGCAGGCACCCGAACAACAAUGACUUGGAGAGAGAAAGAUGGCUUCCAUAAAAGCCCAUACCUGGUCUGCCCUUCUGGCCAAAAGGAGCAGGGAGGUUGCAUUGUUCCUCUAAGCUUGUCCGUAUAAGGAAGGCCAGUAGUGGGAUGAUGGCAGCAGUGGCUUGGAUUCUGCUGCCACACUCCAUAGUGGAGUACACUGAGAAAGGUUCACUCCAGGUUUCUAAGGUCUGGUCUAUACUGAUCGAGGAGAAGCUUCUCUGUUAAGAAUUGUGUGAGGUCAUAGUUGUGUCAUACAAGCCAAAGUUCUCUCCUGAGAGCAAGACAGAGGGAAGGCUUACAGUUGCAGAGUGUGCAGGUAGUGAAUAAGCCUCGUUCUAUAUGUGGAUUGUGUUUUUUAGCUUCUGGUCGUCUCCCAUGCCUAGUGAUCUGGUUAGGAGUUUUGUGUCCAGAAAUUUUUAUGUAACUUAUUUUUUUAAAGAACCUAUUGUACAUCUUUAUCAAAUAGAAACCUAGGCUUUCACCCCCUAAACUGGUUACUUAUUCUUUUGACCAGAAUGAGAGAAUAGCAAGAUUCUUAGUAAGUUGGUGGCUGACUUGAUAACUACGCGGUAAUGGAGAGGCUGUAAGAUGGGAAAGAAACAUAGGAAGUGAGAUAGUGUGAGUUCCCUGCAAUGGGAUUAGUUGGGCACUUCCUCUUAAAGGGGGGGUAUCGGGAUGGUGAUUGUGGUCCAUGUCUUCACCUGCUGACUUUGUCCUCCUCAUCAAGCCUGUUCACGUGCAGUUCCAGAGUCAGUGGGCAGAGUAGGCCAAUGCCAGAAGAGAUGCUGCUUUUGCAGCAUCAGCUUUAUUGCAGUUCAAAGAUUAUAGGUUCUGCUUUGCUCCAGAGCAAGAGUCAGCAAACCACGGCCCUUGGGCUGGCCACCUGUUUUUGUAAAUAAAGUUUUAUUGGAGCACAGCCUA